CUUGAACAGUACAAGACAUGCAGAACUUACCUUGUGUCCAGAGGUCAGACAGAAGACCUGAAUGCUCCGAAGACCUUCGUCUUACAGCAUCAACCAGCUAGUACUCACCCAUUUUGCCAGAUGCCCCCUAAUCCGCAUCCAUCCCUCACCCUCUCCAACUCCUAACCUCAACCCUCCCCCCGGCCGAAACUACCCCGAGCCACCUAACCAAGAAGAGCAAAAGCUUGCUCAAUACUCCGUCAAUCUCCGCCAUACCUCCCACGGCGUUCACUCCGACAACUCUACUCACAACUCCGAAUCUCCGGCGCCAAUUUCAAAACUCCGGGUGAAAACCCACCUUCCCCCCCCCACAUCGUCUUGACUAAGGGGAAGUAAGCGAAGCUAGAAAUGUCCUUAUAGAUGAUCACUGCUUUCCAGCUACUAAUCUCCUCCCUA